GGAGUUUUCUUGUGAUUCUGAAUUGUAAAUACACGUGUGAUGUUUUGUUCUUUCUUUGGAUCCAUGUUAACUUUGUUUAAGCAACUAACUUCAGGUGAAAAUAAGAGAACAAAAAGGUUAAUCAAGUUUUACCACUCCCAUGGAAUUUUCUAAUCUCUGCUAAUUCCAUUGCUCUUGUUCUCAAGGAACACAUGUUCUUGGGUGUUGUCGUUUUCCAAAAACAGCUUUCUGAUUGCUUCAGUGUCACUAUAUGUGGGCCUUCUUCUCCUACUUCUAAAUCCAUUUACCCUUUUUCUUUGUUCUUGCUUCAAGUUACCAACUUUAGUGUCUGUAAUUUAUUCCUCAUUUGUUAGAAAGUGUUGGCCUUUUGAGGAGGUUGUGCUUGGAGUUGGAGACUGGUAUGGGAUGAGGGUGGUAUUGGCAAUGAUGCUGCAACUUCUUAAGCUCUGCAUCAUUUUUCUUUCUGUUGCUGUCCUACGAUCCAAAGGGUCCACUGUAUCUCCAUCUCCAGCAUUCCUUCCUGUGAUUCCUUCACUUGGAAGCAAUGCACCAAGUUUACCAUUACUUCCACAUGGCCUGGUUGUACCUCCAUCUCCAGAAAGAGGUUCAUGGACUAACAUUGCCCCAAGCUCUCCAGCAGUAGCAAAUGGGUCAUUCUUGCUUCCUCCUGAUGCUUUACCACUUCCUGCAUCAGCUCCAACUCCUCAGAAGCAUGAUAAGGACAUAGAACCAUCCUCAACUCCAAGUCCAACUACUAUCGCAUUGUCACCACCCCCACAUGAGGUUGCUCCUUUGCCAUCAACGCCACAAGGAAAUGCGCCGCUGCCCUUUAGAUCAAGUCCACCACUAGGGAAAACACCUGCUGAACAUGGAACUCUAGCACCUAAGAUUGGUAAUGGGAAUGCAAAUCUGAGUCACAAAGAAGAGCCGGUUUCACCCUCACCAGCUGCAACACCUUCUAUCAAUUUGCCGAAAAUUUCACCAAGCAUCCAACCAAGCGAUAAUGGAAGUUUUCCUCCUCAAGAGGGCACAAAGAAAGGUCACAAUUCAGAACCAGUUACACCAGAAUCUGCUGCAUCACCACCAUGGAAAGCGGAGCAUAAUCCUUCUCCUCCACCACCAGAAGCACACCCUAUUAGUCCAUCCAUAUUGCCUGCACCUGUUGCAUCACCACCAAGUUCAUUUCCAGUGAAUCCGCCACUGGUCCAUCCAAUUAUUCCAUCAACAUUACCAGCACCUGUUGCCUCUCCCAAGUCAUCUUCUUCUGGAAGCUUCAAUUGGAAAAAUGGUGAUGCACCACCAAUUGCUGUACCUUUGUACAAAUCACCAAAGCCACUUCCAGCUGUAGUACAUUCCCCUGCUCAAGCUCCUGCUGCACAUAAAGCAAGGCAAAUUGAUCAUGAUCAUGAGCCAUUGACUAAAACUCCUAAUAAAGAAAAGCAUACGCCUGCAUUGUCACCUUCUGCCUCAUCAUAUGAGCAUCAUCAUACAAGGAACACAACUGCCAGUUCUGCUCCUCCACCACCAUCACCAUACAUGGUUUCUUCUUCCCCUUCAAAUCAUCAAGGUAAAGCAAUUCCUCCUUCAUUACAACCAAAAAGUGGGGAAAGGCAUCAUGUUUCACCUCCAAUGAACCAAAGUUCUUCAAUUCCUUCAUUCUCUUCUCCUACUCAUUCACCCAUGACCCAAGUUUCGUCGGCUCCUUCAUCAUCAAUCGAACUUGCUCCUCACCCAACUGAAAUGCAAGCUCCAUUUCUUCCCCCUAAAGUAGCUCCUUCUCCCUCAAAGACACCAUCCCCGCCUCAAGUUCGAGCAUUGCCACCCCCACCUCCAAAUGAAGAGUGUUCAUCAACCGUCUGCUUAGAACCUUAUACAAACUCUCCACCCGGAGCACCUUGCAGAUGUGUUUGGCCCAUGCGAGUCGGUCUCCGUGUCAGUGUCUCUCUUUAUACCUUCUUCCCUUUGGUUUCAGAGCUGGCUUCUGAAAUUGCUACCGGAGUUUUCAUGAGGCAAAGUCAAGUUCGGAUUAUGGGAGCAAAUGCAGCAACCGAGCAACCUGAGAAAACGGUUGUCUUAAUUGAUUUGGUACCACUUGGUGAAAACUUUGACAGUACUACAGCACUUUUCACUUCCAACAGAUUCUGGCAUAAACAGGUUGCUAUAAAAGCUUCCUACUUUGGAGACUAUGAUGUUUUAUAUGUGAGCUAUCCAGGUUUGGCUCCUUCUCCUCCUUUACCACCUUCAACCAUUUCCAUCAUUGAUGGUGGUCCAUAUUCCAUUGAUGGCAAUAAUGGAGGGACAAUAAAGCCCCUUGGCGUGGACAUACAGAAGAGGCAGCAUAAAAGUGGACUUAGCAGAGGCAUAGUUGCCAUUAUAACUGUUUCAGUUUUUCUAGCAGUUGUGUUAUGUGCUGCCGCAGCAGCAGCCUGGGUUAUGCUCAAGUAUGGAGAUCAUGUUACUCAACCGGCAUCAACGCCACGGCUUUCACAACCUUCUCUUACCAAACCACCAGGUAAUGCUGCAUCAUUAGUUGGAGGUGGGGUUGGUUCUGCUUCGACAUCAUUUCGAUCUAGCAUUGCUGCUUAUACAGGGUCUGCUAAGACUUUCAGUGCGAAUGAUAUUAUAAAAGCUACUGAUAAUUUUCAUGGUUCAAGAAUACUUGGAGAAGGUGGUUUUGGGCUGGUUUAUGGUGGCAUCCUUGAAGAUGGAACAAAAGUGGCAGUCAAGGUUAUAAAGAGGGAAGAUCAUCACGGCGAUCGCGAGUUCUUAGCUGAAGUUGAGAUGCUUAGCCGUCUUCAUCAUAGAAAUUUGGUCAAGUUGAUUGGGAUAUGUACCGAGGAAAGUGUCCGCUGCUUGAUUUAUGAACUUGUUCCAAAUGGCAGCGUGGAAUCCCACUUACAUGGAGUUGACAGGGAAAGUAGUCCACUUGGUUGGAGUGCUAGGAUGAAGAUAGCUCUUGGCGCGGCUCGCGGUCUAGCCUAUCUGCACGAGGAUUCGAGUCCCCGUGUUAUACACCGGGACUUCAAAUCAAGCAACAUAUUGUUGGAAGAUGAUUUCACACCAAAAGUAUCCGAUUUUGGAUUGGCUCGAACAGCAACAGAUGAGAAUAAUAAUAGACACAUAUCAACACGCGUCAUGGGAACUUUCGGUUAUGUGGCUCCGGAGUAUGCAAUGACAGGACACCUUCUUGUUAAGAGUGAUGUUUACAGCUACGGCGUUGUUCUUCUUGAGCUUUUAACAGGAAGAAAGCCUGUGGACAUGUCACAACCUCCCGGUCAAGAAAACCUUGUUGCUUGGGCUCGGCCGCUUCUCGCGAGUCGCGAGGGAUUGGAGGCAAUAGUAGAUCCAUAUCUAGGAGGAGAUGUGAGUUUUGACAGCGUGGCCAAAGUUGCAGCAAUUGCUUCAAUGUGUGUGCAGCCAGAGGUAUCGAACCGGCCUUUCAUGGGGGAGGUUGUGCAGGCCUUAAAACUCGUGUGCAAUGAAUGCGAGGAAGCGAAAGAAGAAGAAGAAGAAGAAGAAGAAGGUGGUUCAAGAAGAUCAUCCACUCAGGAUAUGGAUUUGGAUGUGAGAGUGAGUAAUAUGGAUGUUGAGAGAGGAUUGGUUGCAUCAGAACUAUUCAGUUGUUCGGUAAGAUUGGGAAGGCAGGAAGAAGAAUCUGGAUCGUUUAGAAGACACUCGUAUUCGGGUCCUCUGAUGACCGGAAGAAGCAGGCAGUUAUGGCAGAUUAUGAGACGGCUUUCUGGUGGCACUGUCAGUGAACAUGCAAGUAUCUUCAACUUAUAGAGAAUACAAAGUCGAAUUCAUGUAAAAUUGAUAACUGAGAGCCGUUAGAUAAUUUGACUAUAUUUUUAUCUAACGACUGCACCUGAGUUUUCACCAUGCAAAUGUGGCUGAUGCUUAUAACAAAAUCAUUUUGUAUAAACCAAUCAACGUAUCCUUUUUCUCUCUCUACGAAAAUCCAUGAUCUAUGUAUGUAACAGACAGAUCAUAUUUCAGAGUUUGUAAUAAUGUUAGCUUUAAAGUAAAUACACAUGCUUUAAAACGUGAGGAUUAAGUCUUCUAAACGAUCAUUACAAAAAUUGAUGUAGCACCGUCAAAAUUCAAGAGGGGAAACAAACAGUUUUGCUUUUUUGCUAUGUUUAC